AUGGCCCAGGAAGAAGCCUACUCCACACUGAUGUGUGGUAUAGAGGAGCUCAACUUCAAAGAGCAGUCAGUACCCAGUGAGCUGCUGCUAAAUGGUCAUCAUGCGUUUCCUCUGGCUGUGAACACCCAGGAUCAGGUCAUCAUAGCUGCCUCAUGCUAUGGCCUUGGCCGCAUAGUGGUGAUGGGGCAUGAGGCGUACCUUCAAGACUUCCCAGGCCUAGUUAACAAUGCCCUGGGUUGGCUUCAACCCUCAUCUGGGAGGGCUAAAGUAGGAGUCCAUUCCAGCUGCCAGAGCAUUAUGGGAAACCUCUCCAAUUCAAUUCAAGCUGAGGUCUGCCAAUUCAGAGUUGAUCUGGGAGUCUACGUUACAGAUGCUUAUAAUGUGGGCCCAUUUAGUAAGGAGCUUAUGAGUUUCCUCAAGGAAGGAGGAGGGGUCCUCAUUGCUGGACAGGCCUGGCACUGGUCUCACACACACCCUGAAGAAGAUGUGCAACUCAACUUCCCAGGAAACUGGGUGUGCAGUGUGGCUGGUAUUUACUUUACAGGGCAGUAUGGGAAGCAUGACUGUGUGCCAAUUUCAUCAAACAUUCCUUUUAAAUGGUCAUCAUUGGUGAAAGAAUAUUUAAAAGUGGACCUUGAGGUGCUGCUGGAUGGAGUCUCUGAAUUCGAUACUCGAGGUGAUAUGCUGCCAUCAGAGGUCCUCGUCCAUGGCCCACUAGCAUUCCCCAUUGGUACCACACUUGAUGGCAAGGCCUACCUUGCUGGAGCUCACUAUGGGCAGGGCCGAGUCAUCAUAGCCACCCACGGAAGCUAUCUAAAUCAUGAACCUUUUUCCCGCUUCUUAAUGAAUGCUUUGCUCUGGCUGGACAAGGGACGCAAUGGUCUUGUUGGGGUCUCGCGCAGCCGUAGAGGAGCUGCAGAUCGUCUAAGCAAGUCAGGUCUGAAGUGUCAGGUGACCGACUUUAAGGAUGACCUCAGUGUCUAUGUUUGCACCCCGGACAAGGAUGACAUCAGCAAAGAAAUCCAGAGGUUUGUUGCUGAGGGAGGCGGACUCUUGAUAGGGGGACACGCCUGGCACUGGGCUGUCUGUAACAACAGAACUGAUGCACUGACAAAAUAUCCAGGCAACCGCAUUCUCAAUGAAAUGGGUCUCUCUCUCCUGCCCAACAUCCUAGAAAAAGGAAUAUACAAAGCUCAGUCUGGAAAGGAAUUAGUGGAGGUGUACCAGUUCCAUCAGUUUCUGCCCGUUUUUGUUGAUUACAUGACCCAGAGCCAAACCCUCAGUGAAGAUCAGAAGGGCUGUCUUGAGAAGAUGAGAAGGGAGUGUACGGCUUAUCUUUCCAUGUCUGCUCAUCACUGUGCCUCCUACUUGUCAGUGCUCAAGAUUCUAACAGAUAUGGUUAAGAAAGUCCCACAAGUGUCUAAAAGCCACCCGGUGAGUAGCACUGAAGAUCGCCUGCUCCUUGAAGUUGCCUGUGAGGUGUAUAAAGUGUGUCCAGAUGCACUUCUGCCCUACUUCAUCAAGGAUGUCCCAGAUUUACCAACUGUCAGUAACACAAAGCUGUGCAUCAGCGCUAGCACAAGAGAUGGUGAAGAAUGGAUCAGCACUGGUCUAUACCUAUCCCCUGGUAUGAGGACAAAUAUCAAGACUUCCGCAGAAAUAGUGGGUAAAGGUUGGAAGGUGCAGAUUGGCUGCCAGUCUGAUGACCUUCGGCACUUAAAAAAGUUGAGACGAGCACCAGUGGUGUGUGUGCGCUUCCCUGUGGGCAGUAACACAGUGCAGGUGUGGACCCUCUGGGGUGGACUUAUCUACUUGGUUGCCCCACCAAAAUGUGACGUGGAAGAAGUGGAGAUAGUGGUGCAAAAGGCUGUUCGAGCACCAUAUUAUAAAUCUGGGGAGACCAGUGUACAUGAAUGGGUCAAUAGUAUUCGGCAUGAACCUGCACCAUGGGCUGAGCUGGAGUUUGAGAACCUAGUUAUCACUCUGAACUCUGAGUUUAUUAGAGACUUGGAGCAACCAGAUGUUCUAGCUGAACAAUAUGAUGCCAUCAUGAGAGGUGUAGCUGACCUGGCAGCCAAAUCUGCCAAGUUUCCACGCAAGGAACGGUUUGUGGGAGAUGUGCAGAUCUCAAAAGGAUUUUUGCACUCUGGCUACCCAAUCAUGAUGAACACCAACACAUCCCGGGAGAUACUACAGAUAACCACCAAAACAAAUGCUUGGGGAAUACUGCAUGAGCUGGGCCACAACCAGCAGACAAAAGUCUGGGAGUUUGAGCCACACACAACUGAGGCCACCUGCAACCUGUGGUCUGUGUAUAUAUCUGAGACGGUGCUUGACCUGCACCGGGCAAAAGCCCAUAGGUGCUUGAGACCUGCUAAAAGAUUGAACAGGACCCAGAAGUACAUUGAGGGAGGCCGAGACCUUAAACACUGGAGUGAAUGGGUGGCCCUUGAGACCUACUUACAGCUCCAAGAGCAGUUUGGCUGGGAUGCCUUUAAGAAGGUCUUUGCUACCUAUCAUACCAUGGAGGGAGUGCCUCGGGACAACAACGGCAAGAUGAACACAUAUGCCGAGACCUUCUCCAAAGUGGUGAACAGGAACCUGCUGUCUUUCUUCAAGGCCUGGGGCUGGCCAAUAGAGUCCGCCACUGAGCAGAAGCUCUCAGGUCUGCCUGACUGGAGUGAUCAUCCAAUGGCCCAGUAUCCCUGAGAUAGGGUAGACUUGAAAGGUCUUUAAAAUUAGUUUAGGCUUGUGGAUUGACAGUGUAUUAAUGUAUUGAUUUGAGGUAAGAAAAAAAUUCUAAAGGCUUCUUAAUACAUCUUAACAACAACAUAUAGCUUCUUUAAAAUGUGAUUCUGUUCUCUGUUCUCUUUUUAAAUAAUGUGAUGUGUUCUGUAUCCUUGUAAUGUAACAAAACAACAAACGUUGUCUCUCUGUGUACUUGUUAAUUUUUUAAAAUCUUAGUACAUCUUCACCCCAACCUCCCAUUCCCACAUGGUAUGACACCUGCUGCUGUCAGAGGUUUUUAAUAAAUUUGAAUUG